AACCGGCAACCUGUAGUGUGAUUACGCCUUUAGGCUGGUUUUAUUUAAUCGUUGUGCAAUAACUUGUGUUUGCUGAACGCAAUCUGAGUCAUUAUUAAGAGUGCGUUCGAAAAUAACACCCGAGUGCACCCGGGUAUCAUUUUAUCCUUGUUUAACAUUCGACGAAAAACGCACCCCUAAAUGUGAUGCGUGUCUUCUUCAUUUGCUAGUUAGCUGUAUCAAGGAAUGAUCAAUCUGAUUUGAUCGAGACGAAUCGAGAAUCAUUUACUAACGAUGAAUAUCCUACCGAAGAAAAGAUGGCACGUCCGAACAAAGGAGAAUAUUGCACGCGUACGUCGAGAUGAAGCGAAAGCUGCAGAAGAAGAAAAGGUUAAGCAAGCACGUUUGCAGAAAGCGACAACCGAAGCAAGACUAGAUUUGCUAAGACAUCGAGCAAAAUUUAAUCACAAGGAUCACACAGAUAUUUCUGAUACUACUAAUGAGAAGUUGGAACAUGUUAAUUUCUUUGAGGACCUUGAAUGUGGAAAAAUUGAUUAUAAUAGACCUAAUCUGGAACAUGAGAGAGAAAAGAAGGAAGAAAAAGAAAAAUAUGAGAAACAAAUUGGAUAUUUGACAUAUCUAGGACAAAACACAAACGAGGCAACUGGAAAGAAAAACUGGUAUGAGGAAUUACCAAUGAGGAUAAUAGAUACAGAAAAAGAUGUAGAAAUAGAUGCACUCAAGAAAGCUAGCGACGAUCCAUUAAUUGUCAUGAAGAAAUACGUAGAUAAUAUGCCACAUAAACAACUUCAUUCACAAGUGAAAGCAGAAAUGAAACCAAUGAGGACUACUAACUAUAUAUAUGUAGAUGAAUCCACAGACCUAUUUGAACAAGUCGUUAAUAAGCGUUUCGAGAAAUUUCAUGAACAUGAAGAUGAACAUAAACAUACACAUAAACAUAAACAUAAACAUUCGAAGAAGAAAAGAUAUGAAAUUACAAGUAGUACAGAUUUAAAAAAAGUAAAAGAAAGGAAAUUCUAUCUUGAAGAAUAUGAAAGACAAGAAACGCUAAAAAUCUUGUCCAAAAGGAAAGGACCAAUGCCUGUCAUAUCACCAAAGACUUCCAUUGAACAUCAAACUAAUAUAAAUAUAGAAAGAUUAAGAACAGAGAGAUUGCUUAGGGAACAAAGUGAACAGUUAAGAACGCAAGCAUUGAUAGCCAAAAUGAAAGGCGGACCAAUGCCCAUUAUACCAUCAGAGACUUCUGAACCUGCUAUAAAACCUGCUAUAAAACAGAAAUAUAAUUCUCAAUUCUUUCCUGAACUUGCUAGACAAAAUGCAGAAAGGACACCUAAAUAUUCUAGACAUAAUGUAACAAGUUUUUAAAUUGCAUUGCUUGUACCUUCUGAAAAAUUAUUUGAUUAUAAUUACAUUAUC